AAAUAAAAAAGUGGAAAGAAAUUUUUUUAAAAAAAAAAGAAAAGAAAAAAGAAUUGAACAAGAGAGAAUUAGAAUGGCACGAAGAGGCAUGGGGGAGUUGAGUAAUGCUAUGGCGAGCGUGUUAUUUGUGGUAGUGUUGUUGUUGUUCUCAUUGUGUGGGCCGAGGCCGGCGUCGGCCUACGGCUCGGUGAUGGAGAACGCGAAGGAGAGAGUGAACUUGGCGGCGGAGGAGGCGAAGGUGAGGGCUGCGGAGACGGCGCAGGACGCGAAGGAGACAUCGGAGUCGUGGGCUGGGUGGGCCCGUGAGAAGAUCUCUGAAGGGCUCAGGCUGAGGCACGAGAAUGCGAGAGAGGCGGCUGAGGAGAUGAUGGACGAGGCGGGGGACAUCGCCAUGAAGACCAAGGACAAGAUGUCGAAUGCCGCAUCCGGAGCUGCAGAGAUGACGUCGGAGAAAAUGGGAGAGGCGAAAGACGCGAUGACGGGGAAGGCGGGCGAGGCGAAGGAGCACAUCAUGCAGAAGGCAGAGGAUGCCAAGGACAAGAUGGCCGACGGAGCGGCAAACACCGCAGACGCGGCGCAGAGGGCCUACGAGGGAGCGAAGCAGAAGGUAGGGGAGACGUACGAGACAGCGAAGGAGACGAUGACGGAGAACGCGAAGGCGAGCUACGAGGCCGCCAAGGAGACGGAGUCUCGGUUGGCCGGGGAUUUGGGAGCCAAAAUGGAGGAGCUGUGAAGGGUAUCAGAGUUUCUUAUGAGGCUUAGAAGAGGCUGGGGAGGUUUUUAAGUGCAUCUCUCUGACUCUUUUCUUUAAUCUUCUUUUCUUUUCUCUUUUUGGGUCUUUUUAAUCUGGGCAGUUUCCUGAGGUUUUGGCGACCUUUUAAUUUUGUGUUUUGGUACUGUAUUUAUAUGCAGAGUGAUCUUCGACAUGCUGUUGCUGCGA